ACACCUUCGUAGAUCUUGUCCUCCUCCUCGCACUCCGAUUGUACGAAGCACUCUCAUUGCUGUCAGCGCUUCCUUCCACACCAUGGCAUCAGCCUCUGGUCUGGCCAGCGAUGCCUGGGUUGGCUGCAGCGCCUGGUGGGGGGCCCCUCCCGCCUCGGCAGCUGCGCCUCCCACCCCGCCUCCGCUUCCUACACAUCCUCAUCCCAUGACUGCCUCGCUGCGUUCACCCCUCGAAGCUUCCGAGUCCUCCCCUUCCCUCUUCAACUUCCCCGCUCUGCAAUCAGUCCUGGAUGAGGUCUACCACCAUGCCUUUGCCACGCCACUAGGUACAGCCAUCACUGGCGCAAUUGUCAGCUCCGGCUCAUUGAUCAUCUACUGGAGAUACUUCCGCAGACUCAAGAGCGCAGACUACAUCACACCGAGGGAGCUAAAGUGGCGGAGCGCAUUGGUGGGGAAAGUGACGCAUGUGGGAGAUGCUGAUGGCUUCCGCUUGUACCACCAACCCGGCCCACCUCUCAUCCGCAACCUCCUCUAUCCAGUCCCAACAACCGCAAAGGCCCUCAAAGACCAGACCAUCUCUGUGCGUCUGGCGGGGGCAGACGCACCAGAGUCGGCUCACUUUGGCAAGGUGGAGCAGCCCUUUGCAAAGGAGGCUAGAGCGUUGCUGGUCAAGCUUGUAGAGGGAAAGAGGGUGCGAUGUGAGGUAGCUCACAUUGACCAGUACAAACGCGUAGUAGCCACUCCUUACGUCUGGGCCUUUCCCUACAUCUUCGGACCUACCAACGUCUCCCUCGCCCUGGUCCAAGCGGGCUUAGCAACUGUAUACCGGCAGUCGGGCGCAGCGUAUGGUACGGCUGGCUUCUUCUCGAGGGUGCUGCUCAAUGACCCCAAUGGGCUAGGCAGGCUGGAGAGAGCAGAGAAGUUUGCUAGGUGAGCACGGAACUCUCGAGGGGUACCUCGCGCAGAUGAGAGGAAGCUGACAAUCUGUCCAUCUACUCUUACGCACAGGCUGAGGAAGAAGGGCAUCUGGAGUCUCGGCAAGAAGUUCGUUUCACCGGAAGAGUACAAGAAGAAGAUGAAGGC